UUCAGAAUUGUGUUAGAUAGUGGCGGAGUCAGUUGUGGGUAGAACACUCAUGUUAGGCUGUUAAGCAUACGUUCAGUCGCGAAAAUUUAUUCUGUUUAAUAAAGUAUUCCAACAGAUUUUGACGAAAAGAUUACCUAAAGGCUCAGGGAUUUACAAAUGAUAAAUUAAUGAUGCCAGAUAAAUUCUGUUCAGUGUGGAGCAACAGUGACACAGUGAUAAGCCAUCAUCCAAACGGAACUGUUUCAAUCUAAAGGAAGCCACCGUGGGUCAUCAAAAUGAGUCAACAGGAUGAUAACCGGACACGGAAACUUUCGUUUCUUGGAUUCAACACGAAGGCUAGUGGCAAUGAAGAUCCCGAUCUUGUAUUAUUGGACACUGAAAUGGAAAAAGUCUUUGGCGGAAAAGGUCCCAAUCAAGAAAAGUUUGAUGUAUCAUCACUAUCGGACUUAGGUGGCCAAAGUUCAAGUUCAAAUCGAAACUAUCUACUCAAAAAAUCACUACGUCCGGCACAUAAUGGAGGAUCAAGAAGUGGGCAACAGCAGAAAAAUAUUACACGUGACGAGAUUCACGAUGAGCGUGAUGAAGAACAACCGGAGGAUAGCCCACUUGUAUCACAACGAGCUGAAUAUGGAGAACAUUCGGAUUCGUCGGACGAAAGAAAACGUGUUCAAUUCAGCAAACCUAGUUCACCGACGUCUCCUAAGGAAGUUGCGGAUGAGGAAAGUGAUCGUUUUGAUGAAAGGAAGAGACGUAGAAGUCGACAUCAAUAUUUCAAACACCGCAAAUACUCGCACCAAGAGAGUGUGGAAAGUCGAAAGGUGCCCGAGCCCCCAUCAGAUAUUCCGAAAAUAUCAAUUCAACCAGAGGAUUCAGAAUUGGAGGCUAAGAAACAGCAGGAAGCUGAUCUUAAUGAGUUGACAUCACAUCGAUCUGAAGACCCCAGGGGUAUGAGACGUCAUAAAAUUCAUCAUUCGUCCGGUAAACAUAAGGAUUUCACCAUAAGCGUCCCACCUACUCUACAUGCAAAGAAAAGUUUUGACCAUAGCCCCCAUGAGGUUUUCGUACAAUUAGAUGAAUUGAUUGGAACCGGAGAAGAUCGUGAAUGGAAAGAAACCGCUCGUUGGAUCAAGUAUGAAGAACAUAUCGAAGAAGGAUCAGACAGAUGGGGCAAACCGCACGUCGCCUCACUAUCAUUCCACUCUUUGCUGAACUUGAGACGUUGCCUUGAAACUGGUGUUGUGCUUUUAGAUUUAGAAGAAAAGGAUCAGCCAGCUGUUGCUUAUAGAAUUGUUGAACAGAUGGUUGUUGAGGAGCUGAUAACUGCAGAUGACAAACCCACUGUGAUGAGAGCUUUAUUGCUUCGGCACCGACAUGUAAACGACUCACACGGAGCAUUUGCAUUUGCAAAACGGAAAUAUAGCAGUUACACAAGUUUACAAUAUUUAUGGACGGGAGAUGAUACGGCACGUAUUGAAGGAGCUGCAAGAUCGUCUGUUUGUUCGACGCAAAGCUCAUCAAUAGGAAUGGCACCAAUAAUGUUUCGUGCAUACCGAAGGCAUUCAACAAUGUCAUAUAUAAGCAACCUCUCUGAUGACAAAAAACCUCGAAUUAUUCCUGCAAGCGAAAUAAAUGGUGGCAAUCGCAAAACCUCCGACUUCAAAAUAGAAAUGAGGGACGAUCCGUACUCUUCAUCCCAGGAGGAUCUUAAAAAACUACAGAACGAUACAAUCUUGCGAAGGAUUCCACAUGGAGCUGAAGCGACGACUGUUUUGGUUGGCGCUGUUGACUUUUUAAAACAACCCACUAUUGCCUUCGUUCGUUUGGCCGAGGGCAUACCUAUGCCUAGCAUCACUGAAGUGCCAAUUCCUGUUCGUUUCCUCUUCAUUCUGUUGGGACCGAGAAUCGUCGACUUGGACUACCAUGAAGUGGGUCGCUCAAUCGCCACUCUCAUGGCUAAUGAACAUUUCCAUGAAAUUGCCUACAAAGCGGACGACCGAAAAGAACUCCUAUCUGCCAUCAACGAAUUCUUAGAUGAUUCAAUCGUUUUACCACCAGGUAAUUGGGACAGGCACGAUCUGUUGCCAUUUGACGAAUUGAAGGCCAAAAAAGAUUGGAUCCGUUCGCGUAAGACAAAAGCUUUGGAGACAAAGCAGAAAAGCGAGAAGGUCACCGAAGAGAAACCCCUCAUCGAUUUCGUUGAUGAUAAAGGAAAGAAACCUCCACUUAGCCCUCUUGAAAAAACACACAAAUUGUGGGGUGGCCUUCGAAAUGAUUUAAAGCGACGUCUACCGAUGUAUAAAAGCGACAUACUCGACGGCAUAAACUCCGAAACCCUAGCCGCUGCUAUUUUCAUGUAUUUUGCCGCUCUGUCUACAGCCAUUACAUUCGGAGGUCUAGCUUCGGAUAAGACUCACAAUUUAAUGGGCAUAUCAGAAACACUAUUAGCAACUUCAUUAGUCGGACUGAUUUUUGUUUUAGUUGCGGGACAGCCGUUAUGUAUUAUUGGCACAACAGGACCGCUCCUCUUAUUCGACGAAGCCUUAUUCAAAUUCUGUAAUGAAAACGAUUUCAACUUUCUGAGUGUUCGAGCCUACGUUGGCAUUUGGUUAAUAAUAAUCGGUCUAACGAUCUCGGCAUUUGAAGGAAGCGUAUAUGUUCGACUGUUUACGCGUUUUACACAAGAAAUCUUCUCUGCAUUGAUUACAUUAAUCUAUAUAAUGGAGACGCUAUCCAAACUGAUCACAGUUUAUAAGAGACAACCUCUUCUAUCGGAAUAUAUAUAUAAGAUCGAUGCCGAUCCAGAGAUUGCAUUUAAUGAAACAAAGGCUAAUGGCACUAUCGUAGAAUCUGCCGUCAACGAAUACAGCAAUACAACAUUCCUACCAUCGAGAGAUGAUUUAGGAAUGAUCAACCAGCCAAAUACAGCACUUUUCUGUACAAUUCUAACGUUGGGGACUUUCACGGUGGCCUACUAUCUGAAAAUUUUCCGUAACUCAACGUUUUUGGGACGAAGUGCUCGACGAGCACUUGGUGACUUUGGUGUGCCAAUUGCAAUUGCAAUCUUUGUCUUGAUCGACUACCUAAUCCCACAAGUAUACACUGAAAAACUAACAGUACCCGAAGGUAUAUCACCAAGUGAACCAACCAAACGAGGCUGGCUUGUAGCUUUAACUGGCGUCCCAGCUUGGCUACCAUUUGUCGCAGGCAUUCCAGCUCUUUUAGUCUAUAUUUUAAUCUUUAUGGAAACACACAUUACGGAAUUAAUUGUAGAUAAGCCAGAAAGAGGAUUGAAGAAAGGAUCAGGAUUGCAUUUAGAUAUCGUGUUGUUAUGUAUAUUGAAUUCAGGCUGUGGUUUCUUUGGUGCUCCAUGGCAUUGUGCGGCAACUGUCCGUUCUAUUGCCCAUGUAUCUGCUGUGACGAUAAUGUCGAGGACUCAUGCUCCCGGUGAAUCAGCACGAAUUAUUGGAGUUAAGGAACAACGACUUUCUGCAUUCGUGGUGUCCGUGAUGGUUGGUGUGUCUGUGACGAUGGCGCCGUUGUUACGUUUGAUACCUAUGGCUGUGUUAUUUGGAGUGUUCUUAUAUAUGGGUAUUGCUUCGAUGAGUGGUGUACAAUUCUUCGAUAGAGUAUGUCUCUUCUUCAUGCCGGUAAAACAUCAUCCACCUGUGCCAUAUGUGAAACGAGUCCCAACGUGGAAGAUGCAUUUGUUCACUGCAGUCCAAGUCUGCAUGCUGGCCAUUCUGUGGACCGUCAAAUCAACGAAAAUUUCAUUGGCCUUCCCAUUCUUCCUUAUCAUGAUGGUGCCUGUUCGUAUAAAACUAGCCAAUUUCUUCACCGCAAAUGAAGUAGACGCUCUCGACGGCAAUCAACCACAAGGUGAUGCUGAAGAUGAACCUGACUUCUACGAGCAAGCCCCAAUCCCGGCAUAAGAACGCCACGCCUAUGGAUUGAACAUGAAAAAGACAAACUCAUAAACAUUACUUUAUUCUGUUUAAUAUAGAUCCUACUAUCAGUGCAAAAGCAAUAUAGAAUAUUUUUAGAAAAACAUGAAAAUUUCACAAGAAAUUUAUAUACGUAAAACCUAGAUAACGGACUAAAGUUGUAUAUAAUUAAUAUAUAUAUUUUGAAAUGACAUUUCAUUUGCAAUCAUGCAUGUAACGGUUCAACUCAGACACUAUUGAUCAAAUCCACCCUGGCUAGAAGAAUUUAACUGGCAACAGGAAAGCCUCCAUGAUGAACCCCAUUUCUUCUGUUCUAGCAGUACUUAUAUCCAGUACUUAGCCACUUAGACGAGAUUAGAUAGAACGAGGGAGGUUUAGGAGUGAAACAUCAACAACGUCACAUCUACAAAAUCACAAACAAAAUUAGAAUAUCAGUCAUUUCCUACUAAUACUACUGCAAUCAGUAUUCAGUAUUUUAGUAUCUCAAAAAUAAUAAGAGAAACUCACAGUAUAGAGCCAACAGUAUUAAGUGCACUAAAAAAUAUUUAAAUGUUUGAAACAAGAGAACCUAAUAAACAACCAAUUUGGGAGAAACAAACAAUAUAAAUAAAAGUAUCUAGAGUUGAAAACAAAGUUCUGUCAAUUUGAAAAACAACGCUACAAUUUAAAAGAAAAAAAACAAGAAAUAUUAACUUUGAACAACAAUCAAUACGGAGUUUUUCGUUGUUGUUAUUUGUUACAUCUUUUUUUUCAUUUUUCCGUUUUGUUUCCGCUUUUUAUUUUUGUCGAGAGCUAAAUAACAAAAAAAAAAAGUUAUUGUAUAUGAACUUAACUGUGAUUGAAGUCGGUACCAAUAAUAAUUAUAUUAAAAUAUAUAUACGAAGAGAAGAUCAUGAGAUAUGUAUGAAGCUACUUAAAAAGCAGAGAAUUUUAUGUAUCAUUCUACUAAAACUUGUAUGAUGAAUGAUUUCAUAUCAGAAAUUAUUCAUACACACACACACAUACACACAAAUGCAAAAAGAAAGUUGAGAGAAUAUUUAUUUUCAAAGCGCGCUAGCUACUUAAGCAUUAUAGUUAAAUUUUAUCAUCAUCGUCGUUCCUUUUGAGAUAGAUGGUGAAUAUCUUAUUUCUAUUAGUGUAACCAGAAACAAAAUCAAAUAAAAGAUGAUAAUACUG